GAAUUUAAAAUUCUGAGACUCCCCUGCAAUCAUGUAAACAAGUCAACUCAAGUUAAGCUCGUCUCCUUUUAUUCUUCAACAUUGGCUGCUCAAAUACCAUUAUUUUUCACAACAUUUAGGCAAACAAUUUCAGAGUUCAUAUAAAAGAAAAAACCAGCAGACACGGUGAAGCAACGCCAAGGUAACAUACAUUCUCCACAGUACCUAAGUAUAUUUGUUAACUCUGAAUCAGUAUCUGAUUUGAAUCGCUUUUCUGUUUAGUAGGUUUUAAAUAUUACUCUCAACAAAUUCCUAUUAUCACACGCUUUCCUCGUUUGCCUCAUCUGUGUAUAAUAUUUCAGAGUAUUUGGUGAAUUAUGGAACUUGUAAGACCAAUUUUUGAUGUGCUAAAGUGCUUAGGAGAUCCAACAUGUACAUACAUAGAGCAUCAUAAAAAACUUAAAGACAGGAUGAAUGAUCUUCAAGCGAGACUAGACCGACUAAAUGAUAUCAAGAGAGAUGUGGAGCUGAGAAUAAAGGCAGAGCUUCGAUGGGGAAGACUUUUAAGGGAAGAAGUAGAGAAGUGGCUUCUAGAUGUGCAAACCGUCAAUGAUACAAUGUGGGACAUUGAUGAAAGAAUGCAAAAUGUGUCUUGUUUUUCACGUGCACGCCUUGGAAAACGUGUUGCUCAAACAGUUGAACAAGUGGAGGGAAUUAUUGAACGAGGCGGGUUCCCUGAAGCUCUAGUAAUUGAUAAUCCAUCUACUGCUGAACUGCCUUUUCAAUCGGAACAUUUAGAAGGUGAAACCAUGGUGAUAGAAGACAUUUGGAACUAUUUAAUGAGUGAUGAAAUUGGAAUGAUUGGAGUAUGUGGGAUGGGUGGGAUCGGGAAAACCACCAUCGCGAAGCACAUAUACUAUCAACUAUUGAAGGAGACUAAACCUUUAUAAAAUCAUUUGGGUCACUGUUUCAAAGGAGCCCAACAUUCCCAAAUUACAGCAAAACCUUGCAAAUGCUAUGAAUAUUGUAGGUCUUCCAGAAUCUGAACCAGAGCGUGUAGCAGUAUUAAUGGAUAAAUUGGGACAAAGAAGAUAUGUAUUGAUCUUAGAUGAUGUUUGGAAAAAGUUCUCUCUGGCAGAGGUAGGGAUUCCUAAACCAACCUCCAGCAAUGGGAGUAAGUUGGUAUUAACUAGUAGAUCGAUUGACGUUUGUAGAUCUAUGGACUGUAAGGUAGUCAAAGUGCCCCCACUGUUCCAUGAGGAGUCCAUGAAUUUGUUCUUGGAGCAUGCUGGACAUGGGGUUCUAAAGGUUCCAUUUUUGGAAGAAAUUUUGGACAACAUUGUUAGGGAGUGUGGUGGGUUACCCCUUGCCAUAGCUGGGAGCAUGAAGGGAAUAAAUGAUGUAGCGGAAUGGAGGAACUCAUUAAGAGAGUUACGUGAACAUGUAAGAAGUGUGAAGGACACAGAUGUUGAAAUAUAUGAGCGAUAAAAAUUUAGUUUCGUUCGUUUGGGAGAUUUGAAAA